AUGAUGAGCAUCUUCUGGUUCAAUUCCAGGGAGAUCACAUUCACUGCCUGCCUCACUCAGCUAUUUUUCGUCUUUUCAGUGAUGGAGUCUGGGAUCCUCGUGGCCAUGGCUUUCGAUCGCUUCGUGGCUAUUUGUGAUCCUCUAAGACAUUCCACCAUCCUGAGUAAUCCCAUCUUGCUGAGGUUUGGCCUGGCUGUGGUGCUGCGUGGCACCAUGCUCAUACUGCCCUAUCCCCUCCUGGCAAGGCAGUGGCCAUAUUGCAGAACCAACAUCAUCCCCCACACGCACUGCGAGCACUUGGCCGUGGUGAAGCUGGCCUGCGCCGACAUCCGCAUCAGUAAUUACUACGGCCUCUUUGAGCUAUUCAGUGGGAAAGGUCUGGACUUGCUUUUUAUUGUCAUGUCUUAUAUCCAGAUCCUCAGGGCCAUCUUCAGACUCCCCACAAAGGAAACCCGGCUCAAGGCUUUUGGGACCUGCGGCUCCCACCUCUGCGCCAUCUUGGCCUUUUACUUCCCUGGUUUUUUCUCCUCCUUCACACAGCGCUUUGGCCAGAAUCUGGCAUUGGAUUUCCCUGGUCUCAUUGGCAACGUGUACCUCCUGGUUCCCCCCAUGCUAAGCCCCAUCAUCUACGGGGUGAGGACCAAACAGAUCCGGAAGAGGCUGCUCCGGCUCUUUUCUCAUAAACUGACCUGA